AUGAGCCAUCGUUGCGCCCCAAGAGCGCGGCGGUUCCACAACGGCGUAUUGUGCCUCUCGAUGGCGCUCAUGAGGGACGUCCUGAAAGACAUCAAGCAGCGAUCUACGCCGGCCGUGGCUGCGACCAUCCGGCCUUACGCGAGGGCCCACAACACCAAGGCGACCCUGUUCCAGCAUCUCGCGACAGUGGUGGGGAACGCCGACGACGAGGCGUGGGGGGGCGAAGCUGGCAUCGCGGGGCCGUUGCGAGAGAAGCUGAGGAGUGCCUUCAAGCCCGUGCUCACGGUCGGCGCGAACGACUGGUUGACAUCCGACAGCGUGACGGACUUCCUGUCGUCGCUGGGGUCCAGAUUCAAGACCUUCAAGCCCCUCGGCUGGUACGAUUCGAACCACUUGGAUCGGAUGCUGAAGAUACUCAGGAAGGCUCGGACGGGGGUGCAGCCCACGAGGUUCGCGGGGGUCAUCAACCUCGGGGGUCUUCAUUACGUGGCGGUGUACUUCGACGUCCAGGCUCGUUGCGUAGAAUAUUUCGAUAGCUUCGGGCACGGGCCGGAUGCAAAGGUACGGGCAUUCCUGGACGCAGCUAUCGCGCACCUCGAGACGAAGCACGGGUGCGAAUUCGCUCUUCGCACGCCGAAGAUCGCGCAUCAGACGGGGGGGCGAGAGUGCGGGAUGUACGCUCUCUGGUUCGUGUUGCAGCGGCUCCAUGGCAAGACGUACGCCUGGACCCAGAAGCUGGCGGUCCCCGAUGCGCAGAUGGCCGCGUUGAGGGGAGCUGAUACUAUGUACGUGGAAUUAUAUGGUGCCUUCCCGGAUGUAGCGAGUGCUGCUUGUGCAGUCCUGCAGUACUGUUCAGACGAGGAAGAGAAUCUUCAAGAGAGCAGAUGGGUUGACACAUUGUUUGUCAAAGUACCUCUAGGAAUGCUCGACCCGUGGUCCUCUUCACAGCCGUACUUCGGGAAGACCCCAGGGAGCGGCAUUGUGUAUAAGAUAACGGAAGAGACUACCGAACGGGAUCUUCUCGAGUUGGCAAAGGGCUGA